AUGUUGACGGCUACGUCAUCCACCACUGGUGGCGAGAUUGCCACACCAGCACCGACGCAGACACCACCGGGUCGCGUCCUCCUCUUCUUCUCCGUCAAUACGUCGGGAUGCUUCUGCGGUGUCGCGGAGAUGACCAGUCCUGUGGACAAAAUGAAACAGUUGGAUAUUUGGCAGGACAAUCGGUGGCGCGGUGCCUUCAAGGUGCGGUGGAUCUAUGCCAAGGUGAGGCGUUCUUCUCUCUUCAUGGCCGCUAGACUGCUCUCUCAUCCGCACUGGACUAGCAGUUGCUUUGUCGAAUUUCGAGUUCUAUGGAAAUAUGAACUGGCGGAACUGGAUGAGGCAACGUUUUCACGCCUGCGGGGUGGUAGAUAUCGUCCGCGUGAUGUUCUAGGUUGUCCGAUCUCGGAACCUUCCUUGUUGCGCAUUCUUCUGACCUACUUCCAACCCUGUCCUAGAAGCGAGUUCCAGGUCUCCCUUACUGCCCUUAACGUUCCAAACCGUCUCCUGCGCCACAUUCAAGUUGAGACGACGGAGAAUCGAGCAGUGACGCACCUUCGAGAUACCAACGAAAUUUUGCCCGCAUCGAAAGGCGAAGAAAUGCUUCAGAUCAUUCACAAUAACUAUAUGUGUGUGUGUGCUUGCUUACUGGCUUGUUUGAGUGUACAACUUUUUCCUCCCUCCCCUCUCCCCUCGCCGUCCCCUGCCUCUCCACUCCUUCCUUCCUGGUCGUCUUCGGCUUCCUCAUUCAUGCUAAUCGAUCUCCGCUCUGCCUGUGAUUCCGACAUUUCAUCCACCUGCCAUCCAUCCACCUCCUCAGAGCCUAGCUGA